AUGUCUUCUUAUCUUCGUGGAUCAACUAAUUAUGUAUGGUCUACAACAAGUAUUUUGGGAAAGGGUGCCACAGCCACUGUACACCAAGGAGUAAACAAAGUUAAUGGGGAACCUGUAGCAGUUAAAACAUUCAACCAUAUUAGUACACUUCGUCCACAAGAAAUUCAAUUGAGAGAGUUUGAGGUACUACAGAAAGUAAAUCAUGAAAACAUUGUUAAACUCCUUGCUAUUGAAGAAGAGCAGGAAAACCGAGGAAAGGUUAUUGUCAUGGAAUUGUGCACUGGAGGAAGUUUGUUUAAUAUAUUGGAUGAUCCCGAAAACACAUAUGGAUUAGAAGAGUCAGAAUUCUUAUUAGUACUUGAGCACUUAUAUAAAGGCAUGAAACAUUUAAGGGACAACAAUCUAAUUCAUAGAGAUUUGAAACCAGGAAACAUUAUGAAGUUCAUCCGUGAUGAUGGAACCACUGUAUAUAAAUUGACAGAUUUUGGAGCUGCUAGAGAACUUCAAGAAGGUCAAUAUUUUCAGUCAUUGUAUGGGACUGAAGAAUAUUUACAUCCAGACAUGUAUGAGAGAGCAGUGCUUAGAAAACAUCUAAACAAAACUUUUGGAGCUACUAUAGAUUUAUGGUCAAUAGGAGUAACAUUAUAUCAUGUUGCAACUGGUAAUUUGCCAUUUAGACCUUAUGGUGGCAGAAGAAAUAAGGAGACAAUGCAUCAUAUCACAACAAAAAAAGAAAGUGGUGUCAUUUCAGGAAUACAGACCAAAGAAAAUGGACCAAUAGAGUGGAAACAUGAACUGCCUAUUAACUGUCAGUUAAGCUUUGGUUUAAAAAAGAUCAUUACUCCUCUCUUAGCUGGCCUUCUAGAAGCUGAUCAUGUAAAGAUUUGGUCUUUUGAUAAAUUUUUUAAUGAAGUGGAAGUAGUAUUGUCAAGAAAAAUUUUCAAUAUAUUUCAUGUAAAUGAAGCUCAACUGAUCAAGGUUUACAUUUUACCUGAUGAAAGAUAUGAACAUCUUCAAAAUUAUAUUCACGAUCAAACAAACAUUAAAGAAUCCAGUCAAAUAUUAUUAUAUCAAAGUAAUUUGCUCAAAAAUCUUGUUCAAAACUAUACUUUAACCACUGGUUAUCCAGUUACUACUAAAGAAGACCCAUUUUUCUUGUUCAAUAGGGAGAAUAAUAAUAUUACCAUCACACCUGAUCAGGAAUUACCCAAGUUUAAUGAAUUUUCAUCUGUAAUGUCUGUAGAAAAUGAUGCAGCUCAAGCCAAAUUUGGUUGUAGUAUAGGACACCAGUGUAAAAGACAAAUUGAGAAAUAUUCUUUGUUUAGUAAGCUCAUUCGUGACACUGUGGAUUAUUUUACUAAAUACAUAGUUUCUGAAUUAAGACAAUUACAUCAAGAUACUGAGCAUUUGUUGGAAAAAACUACUAUUCUAAAAAAAACUGCUGAUAUUUUACAAAUGUCCCAACAAAUGAGCAGUUAUAAAAACAGUACUAAUUACACAAAAAAGCUAGAAGAGAUUAGUAAGGAUUUUAUAACGGUUUCUGUGACUGUAAUGAAUUUAUAUAAAACUCAGUGUACAGAAAACACUUUAAAGUUGCAGUGGGAUAGUAUGAGUAGAGAUUUAAAAUGCCCAUAUAAAACACUUGCACCUGCUAGAGCAAAAACACAAGUGGAACAUUUAAGAGAUUCUUGGCAGCAUUUAGUAAGAGAUAGAGCUACACGUAACUUAAGUUAUAAUGAUGAACAGUUUCACAUAUUAGAGAGAAUCAAAAUAACUCAAACUCUUAACAGACUGAAGAAUCUUUUUGAAAAGGAAGUCUUUCCUAAUUAUGAAGCACUCUCUGAGAAUUUUGGGGAUUGGUAUAAAAUUGCGCAAAAUAUUCAUUUAAAAUCAGAAAUUUUAAUUUCUGAUAUUACACCUUAUGAGAACAAAUUGCGAGAUUUCGAAGAAGAUCUCAACAUAGAGAAUGGAGAUUAUACAGAUUAUUUAAAAAACAAUAACAAAAAGAAUAGCUUGCCAAAAAGGGUUAGAAAUAAUCAAAAUCAGAAAACUAGAAAGUUUUUAACAGAUUAUCAUACUCAAAGUGAUAUUAUUAAAGAAAUGUUGAGUGAGAACACGGAUUUGCUGAAUAAGUUGAAUGAAUCGACCUUAGAAUUAGGAAAAAAGUUUAAUAUCAAUGACUAUAAACAGUCUCAAUAA